AUGCAGAAGGUCAUCCAACGGACGGCCGCGGCCAGGAAGCAGGCCCAAAAGAAGCUCUUCCGAGCCCAGAGACGGGAAGAAUUGGUUGAACGCUCCCAGGGAAUUCGCUCGAGGAGGGAAUUCAACAAGAGCAUUAUUGCCAACCAGAAAGCAGCACGAGAGAACCGCUGGGAAGACUGGGCCAAACGCGACCUAGCUCCGAAGCGAGAUGUCGGAGUAUUGGAAUUCACCUACGGCACAAUGGACGGCGCGGCGAUGCAUCCCCCCCCGAUCCCGAAGCACCUUCGCAGCAAGCAAAUUCUCUUCGCCGUGGCAGACAGAGUCUGUAUUAUCCGGGGUCGGGAUGUGGGCAAAAUCAGUGAUAUUACCCAGGUCAACACAGAAAGUGAGACUGUCACGCUCAAGGACCUCAAUAUGGCUGAUGUCACCGUUCCCGAAUGGGCCAAAGACGGAAUGGGCAUGAAGGGCGAUGUUAUGACUCAGGCCAUGCCGGUACCAAUGGAUAACAUCCGACACGUCAUUGCGUUGGAGGACCCAGACACCCAAGAGGUCGUGGACCAUAUUAUUGAGCACGCAUACGCUGGAAAGCCUUACUUUGAGCGGCCAUCGUGGAGCAAGCUUCCCCGAUUCACCCGUUACGUUUCCGGACUCGACAUCGAGAUUCCUUGGCCUAAGGAGGAAGAGCCGGAAAUCAAGGAUUACGACUGUGAUACCUCGCGUUACGAAGUCGACAUUCCCUCCUGGACCCCGACGCUGGAGAGCGCUCCAUUCCCCUCCAGUGUCCUCGAUGAAGUCCGCAACAAAUACUCCAGAUUCCGAACACGCCACGACCCCGAAUUCGUGAGGGAGAAGGUCAUCGAGGAGUAUCGGCGGGAAUGGCUCGACAGCCAGUCUUUGUUGACACCUCUUGGACAAUUCCGACAGCAGCGGGCUGCGAAAAGUGCCGCAGCCAAGGCGUCGAAGCUGGAUGCCAAUGGCAAUGUGAUGAUGGACUCGGAGACGGAUGCUUUCAUUAGCCAGUUCAUGAACAUGAACAUGGGGAAGUCGGUUAAGUCCAAGCAAAAAUCACCCAAGACCAAGCAAACUGCUUGA